AACAGACGGGCUUCUGCGCAGUCGCGUUGGGUUUUGAUGCAUGACGUCACCCUACCCGCCGUGCCUCGAACAAAGGGGUUGGCUGACGAGAACGCGCCCAACGCGGGAGCGAGCAGGGGAGGCUGCAGAAGCAUGCAGGAGCCCCGGGGGGAGGAGGAGCCUGGCGGAGAGGGCCCCCGGGGGCCACAUGAAGGAGAAACGGGCACCCGGGGGCCAUAUAAAGAGCACUGGAAAUACGCGAUACAGCUGACAGACGGGCCCCAGCUGUCAUCCUGCAACCGUCACUCUAAGGAUGCCAGCCAGGCGCCAACCAGGAGACUCGGCCCUCCGGGUACCCAGUGCGGCGGGCUACCAGUCUGCGGGCACCAUCACCCCCCGGGCUCCAUGUGCCUCCCGCUUGAAGUGUCUCAAUUGCAGGAGCAGUAUGAUGAUGAUCCGGGACAUGAGACGCACAGCCCGGCGAACCUGCAGCCAGCCGGCACCCCACCCCAGCCGUCUGCCCGCCUGCCACCUCCAGUGCCGUUCCCCGGGGCCCGAGACGCCACUCCGCUCCUCCCAACUGCCAGCAGCACGCCACCUGCCCUGCUCUUCCCCUCGCAGCCUGCCGUCGAGGAGUUCCCACUGAUGCUGGACCCGCUCUCUGUCCUGGGCUUCCAGGAUGAUCAGGAGGAGGAUGACGGUGGCUCCGAGAUGGCGGGUACAGGGUCCCCUAGCCCGGAGCCAGAAGACUUGUUUGGGGAGAUGGCCGACCAGCUGCUGGUCCCGGGGGCACGCCGGAGAGGCACCAACAUGACGGAGGGAGUACCAGUGCCCAGUUCUGAGCACGUCGCAGAGAUUGUGGGCAGGCAGGGAUGUAAAAUUAAAGCCCUGCGAGCCAAGACAAAUACUUAUAUCAAGACACCUGUACGAGGAGAGGAGCCUGUCUUUAUUGUAACUGGCCGGAAAGAGGAUGUAGAGAUGGCAAAACAAGAGAUCCUUGCAGCAGCUGAACACUUCUCAAUAAUUAGGGCAACCAGAAAUAAGUUAAAUGGAAUUCCUGGAGCCACCCAGGCACCACCAAAUUUGCCAGGUCAAACUACAAUUCAAGUCCGCGUUCCUUACCGUGUGGUUGGUCUUGUUGUAGGACCUAAAGGGGCUACCAUUAAGAGAAUUCAACAAAGCACUCACACUUAUAUUGUAACACCCAGCCGAGACAAAGAACCUGUUUUUGAAGUCACAGGGAUGCCAGAAAACGUGGACCGUGCACGAGAGGAGAUUGAAGCCCACAUUACUAUGAGGACAGGUUCUCUGGUAGAUUUCCAUCCAGACAGUGAUUUCCAUACUAACGGUACAGAUGUUUGCAUGGACUUGCUAGGUGGAGGCUCUGGCAAUUUGUGGGCCAAGAUGGCAGCCCCACGUCGUGACUCUGCGGGAUCACGCAAUGGAAGUAUAUGUAGCUCAUCAGUGGAGAGUACUUACUUUGGGACAGAUGGCAGAGAGCAAAGUCCAAGAAGCCCCUUCAGAUCAAUCAUGGGUGGAACCUUUCCAGUGGAAGAACUCCCCACAGGGCAGGCUGCUGUGGGAAUAGAGGAUUGUGAAUAUGGCUUUGAGAUUCUUGCUCUGGAUUUAAAUACACCCGCAGCUAUUUGGUCACCUUAUGAAACACACAGUGGACAGCUCCAGAACUUAAGUGGGUGCCCAAGUCUGAGGAGAAAUAGCGGCAUGAGUGGAAGUGCCACCCCUUUGCUCUCCCCCACCUUGCCUGAUCCUGGGAUAGGACUAGAGCAUCCACUAGCACGUAGGAUUCACAGUGAUCCAGUCAAUAGUAUUUCUUGGCUGCCAAACCAAGGAUCUCUCUCUUCCUUUUCGACUAGUGCUGGCUAUUCAUCAUCUUCCUCUCUUCCCGGAAGUUCAUCUGUGGCAUCUGGCUCUCCCACUGAUUCCAGCAGCUCAGAUGGCCAGCGCAAGAGUGGGAGAGACUGUGUAGUUUGCUACGAGAGUGAGGUCAUAGCAGCGUUGGUGCCCUGUGGGCACAAUCUCUUCUGCAUGGAAUGUGCCAUCCGGAUCUGCGAGCGGGUUUUACCAGAGUGCCCAGCCUGCCACACCCCUGCCACCCAGGCAAUCCGCAUCUUUUCAUAAUUGCACGUUUUGCCAACACUAGCCAAAAGUGGCAUGUCUCUUAGCACUACACUUUACUUACUGAUGGUUUUAAAACCACUUUUUUUUUUUUUAUAUAUAUGUAACGUCAAAAUAAAUGCGGAGGGGUCAAGACACUUUCUCAGCGGCAAAUGGGUUGAAACAAAAAAAACUUUGAUGUUUACAGAACAAUAACCCUUUUACACAAGACUUUCUCUUGUACAUCAAGAUACCUGUAGAAAGACGUCUCUUCCAUCUUUUCAACCCCAAAUAGUAUUCCAUUUUAUGAAAUGAAAAGAGAAAAGCUGCACUUUUAUGUCUAAUAAACUAAGAAAUAUUGGAAAAUGGAAAGGAAAGGAGAUGUCUGUUUUGAUAGUUGAGCUGAUGUGUGUAUGGGUCUCCUAACUGUGAUCUGCCCAACAGAUUUUAUUUUUAAAUGAAACAAAUGAGUAUAUAUUGGAACAGCUGCAUAAGUGUGCAUUAGCUGCAGCCUCAGAGUAGCAUGUCACUUCUGCCUCAGGUCCUCUGCUCUGUAAAGGGGGGAAUCAAACACAAUAAACUUAAUAAUGAGCUGCACUUCCACAAGUAAGCCAGACAUGUGGGAAACAUCCAGUAUUGAAGUCUGUCUUUAUAGACUAGAACAGUUUCUGAUCAUCUUUUCUGUUACCUUACAUGCACUGUUCUAUAAUAGUAUGAUAAAUGGGGAUGUUCCAAUACGUAAUGGGACAACAUAUUCUCCCUGUAGGACCUCGGCUCUAUAUAAAUACAAAGACCGUUUCAUGAUCUCUAAAAAUAAAUAAAUAAAAAAUAUGGUCAAAUACAUUUUUAUUUUUCUAUAGAAAAACUACAUUUGGAUCACUUUUCUAACCUUAAUGUAUAUUUGAAAUCAUAGAAUAAUGGUGAUAAACAGAUUAGUAGAAGUUUAAUAAGUAUUGUAACCUUUCUAGGCCAAUAUCUUGCAUUGCAUAUUAUGUAAAAAAACAGAAUUACCAUAUGCAUUGCAUUAAGCAGUUUGAUCAUCUCUAUUUGUAGUCAUUUAAAAUCAUGCUUUAGGUUGAGCAUUUUAGGGUUUCGUUAAAAGUAUUUUUCUUUUGUCAUUGUAGUGGUAACCCUAUUUAAAUGCUUAAGUGCUUUGCUUCCAGUGCAGGAAAUACUGCUGGGUUUAACUUUUCCUAGUAGUAAGGUAAAACUUUUAUUUUCAGACACACGGCUUCUACUGAGCCAAGUAUGUCUUUGAUGAAACUUGAAAAUCAUAAACCUAAUGCUUCCUAAAAUGUACGUAUUCUUUUAGGACACUAAUGGUCAUAUGAUGAUGACAGACUUCCACAUAGGUUUGCCAUGUUUUACUUCUCUUUAAGCAUAUCAUAAGUGUUAUAAAUUAUAUUCCUUAAGCCACAUUAAAUUAUAUAUUUUCAUAUUGCUAAAGCAAAUGUGUUACUAUUUUAAUAUUGACAAAAUAGAAGUUCAUGUGUUAAUGGCUCUUGGUAAGCCAUGGCACAUGACCAGAGGCCAUACAACCUUACACCCCCUUUCAUUUGGGAACUAUAUAAUGCUGCAGCAGGUUAGGCAAUGUGUAAAGGACACACCGUUUAUUUAGAAUUGGAUGAUUAUUCAACACUUUCAGUACAUGGUAUAGUGAAUUUUAGUGUAAAUGUAGGUUGUUUAAAUUGCUAUGGCUGCCUUAAAUUGCAAUAAUCCUCAAAUAGCUGCUUUGUAGAUCAACAUUUAACACUGUCUUCAAAAACCAAAGUGUUGUUUUACAAAGGUGGUUUGUAUUAAAAAAAAACAAACAAUGUUUAUUUGAUUUACUGCAAUAUUUUUUUAUUUUUUUUCCCCUUCUAGGGGCAAUUCAAUUACUCUGUGGUUUUUUUUUUGUUUUUUUUGUGUGGCUGUUUUUAAACAAAACGGGCAUCUGGGAACUUUUCCCGGACCCAUACAUAUAUGGCGGCCACAAAAUAAAAAAACUGCACUGGGAUUUUGUUUCUCCAGCCUCAAGUGAAAGACAAUCCCAAUAGUGCCAGCUAUCAGGGGUAAUUUAAUUACAUACACACACACACCCACACCUACCCACCCUCUCCCGGAUCAAUUAGCAGUGGUAAUUAACUGCAGCUAAUUGAAUUCACCCCCCCUGAGAUUUGAGUUUUUAGUGUAGCUUAACACUUGAGGUUAAACAUGUAACUGAAAAACUGAAACCACACAAAUUUUAACUGUGAAAUGUAAUGAAUCCUUAACUCAACCUAAUUCCUCCCUUAAUGUAUAUCUGUUAUAUUGCUGCCUAUAACUUUUUGUAUUGCAGUCAGCUCUGAAUACAUGUGAUAGCCAUACCUGCUCUCUUUCUCUAGGCCAACUUUAAAUUUUGUUAGAUAAAAUGUUUGCCAACCUCACAAAUGUAUGGAAGCACCCAACCCUUGUCUUGCGCCCAUUACUGGAACAUAUAUAGCAUUCCAUAUUACUGUAAAUAAUCUUUUUGCAUCAAUGAUGUGGAAGAGGUUUGUGUUAUUUAUAUUUUUCUAUUUUUUAUUUUUUCCCUCUCUCCAUGUCCAUUACCUCGCAUGGCAGCUGCUGUCACUGCUGGUGUAGUUUGCAACACAUUAUUCCUCAGGUGACCAAAAAUUACAAAAAGAAAAUACCAUUGGUGAAUUUACAUUGUGAUUGUCUUUUGUACUUAGAGCUAUUUUUAUUUCCCCUGCCCUUGGUACAGUUUUUGUAUUUUUAUUUUUUUGUUUUUGUGUUUUUAUUUUAUAAUUUGCAAGGGGAGGGGGGUUGGGUAAUAUUGAACAUAAAAAUAAAAUACUUUAAAUAUUUUAUUUUAAAGAGUAUUAAGCAAUGUUUUAAUCUGAAGAAACCCAAUUGGGUGUGUACAACUGUUAACAAGAGUUUAUUUUUUUGUAAUGUUAAACUUUCUUUAAUAAAAGUUUUUAAUAUAA